AUGCACUUCAAAUCCAUCGCCAUCGUCUUGACUCUCUCUGCUAGCCUCGGCCUAGCUGCCCCUGUGCAAGGCAACUCGGGUGUGGAUAUCCAUGAAGCCGUCCCUGCCGAGGAUCCCGUCUCCUCGAUCGUCAACUCCGCGUAUGGCAAAUACAAGGAGAAACGCGAACAGGACGGCGAGGAUGUUUCGUCUAUCGUGAAUUCUGCGUACGGGAAGUACAAGGAGCGACGGGAAGUUGAGGGGGAGGAUGUUUCUUCCAUCGUCAACUCCGCUUACGGCAAGUACAAGGAGCGACGCGGGACUGAAGAUGAGGACGUCUCGUCGAUUGUCAACUCAGCCUAUGGCAAGUACAAAGAGGAGCGCCGCGCUACUGACGAUGAGGAUCUCUCGUCUAUUGUGAACUCGGCGUAUGGCAAGUACAAAGAGGAGCGCCGCGCUACUGACGAUGAGGAUCUCUCGUCUAUUGUGAACUCGGCGUAUGGCAAGUACAAAGAGGAGCGCCGCGGGACUGAAGAUGAAGAUGUUUCCUCGAUUGUCAACUCCGCUUAUGGAAAGUAUAAGGAGGCGAAGGAAUCUGGUUCUCAGGACGAGGCCUGA